GUUACGGUUUAAAGUGUUCUAUAUUUCCGGUGGUCUGUUCUCUUGCUCUUUUCAUUUACAAAACCCGCGUAAGAUUAGCUUGUCGGGCAAUAUAUCGGGAUUUCAGUGAGAAGAGAUCGUAAUCUCGAAGAGUGUCGAUUAUCCUUGGCUCGGAGACAUGGGACAUUUGGUGGAAAAGUUACGAAGCUUCCGGCAUUUUGGCGGAAUGCGAGCAUAGUGUCGUCGAGCAAAGGCAUGAACAUAGUUGCAGGAAAUGACGUUGAUUCGCCGGUGAGUCAGCACUGUGGACAAUUAAAUUUUGUUAAAAGGGAUGGAAAACGAAGUUUACGGGAUACGGGAACUGAAAUUACCGAGCAUUUCGACGUAAUUAUCCGGAGAUUUACUCUGUCGCUGUUACAUCGUCAAGGACUUUCCCAGUCAAGCCAGUCGAGUGUCUCGCGAGUCGAAAUGCGUAGUAGCGUUUGCAGCAGGUUAUGAAGGGUACUCGCGCGCGCGCUGGAUUGAACGAUUCGCCGACCGAGUGAAGUGUGAUUCUUUAAAGUGUAAACUACUUGUAUAAGCACUCAGUGAAAUGCGAUAACGCUCUCGUGCUCCCUCGAAUCGUUCAUAAACGAGCUAUUCACAUGACAGGUCGACUGGCAGUGAACUUCGUUCCCUUCAAUUCCCAUUAACGAAAUUCACGAAUUGUUGAAAACGAUCGGACGUGUUCGAGCUGAAGUGAGUCGAGUAUCGAUUGUCGAAAGAGGGGGCACACACAUGCCAGUCACUCGGAGUAAAUAUUGGAGGGCGUACGCAAGUGACGACAACGUGCGUUAAUAACGAAACGUCUGCGAGUCGUGGAGCGGCGUGUAAUGACCGGAAGUAGACAGAGGAGCGGAAACAAGGGAAGGCAACGAGUUCGCUAAAGAUGCGUGGGCUCGCCGAUCCGGAAGGGCUCGGAAGAUCGGUGUUGCUGUCAUUGGCCUUCUACUACUAUCUUCUGAUCCCGGUAUACCACGUGCUCGCCGUGACCAGCGAACUACCGCCGAGACUCGAUUUACCGGAUCAUUGUUCGUGGGAUUCGCGGCAGGAUGGCGCUCUCACUUGCAUCCACCGUUACACCGGGAACGAUUCCCUCAGGACGAAUUUUUCACAGGCGACCAGCGAAUACGUGACCUCGAUCAACGUUGUAUGCGAGGAUUCGGAAUCGUUGGAAAACGGAAUCCUGAACGUGGACGGGUUCGUACAGUUAUGGAGAUUGCGAUCGUUAAGGUUGACCGGAUGCAAGCUGGUCCAUUGGCCGGCGAAAGUUUUGAGCGGUUUGCGGGAUCUUCGUAAUCUAACGAUCAGAAGUUUGAACGGGCGGAAAAGCAAAUACAGCUUGGAAUUGGAGAGCGGGGCGUUCGACUCCGUGCCACAGAUCGAGAAGAUCGAUUUAUCGUGGAACAACAUCUGGCAGAUACCGGAACACUUGUUUUGCCCUUUGUCGAAUCUUCUUACGUUGAACAUCUCGUGGAACAUGUUGAAGGACAUCACCGAGCUCGGAUUCAGGGAUAUCGCGGAGAAACAUCCGAGACGUCAACAGGAAUCGACCACGUCUCCUUUCCCUUGCUCCCUCGACGUGCAAUCGUUGGACGUGUCGAGUAAUCAAAUUUUAGUGUUGCCCGCCUACGGAUUUUCUUCCCUGAAGAGACUUCGCGUGUUGAACUUGUCGAGCAACGCGGUCUCCAUGGUAGCAGACGAGGCGCUUCACGGGCUCAGAUCUCUGGAGACGUUCGACCUGUCUGGGAACAGAAUUGUCGCGUUGCCGACGGAAAUGUUUCGGGACGCGGCCAAGUCGUUGAAAGAAUUGCGUCUCCAGAACAAUUCCAUCAGCGUGUUGUCCCCCGGUCUGGUCGCGGACAUGAAUCAGCUGGUCGCCUUGGACUUGUCGAGAAACGCGUUGACCAGCUCCUGGCUGAACUCGGCCACGUUCUCCGGUCUGAUUCGACUCGUCCUAUUGAAUCUAUCCCAUAAUCGCAUCACUCGACUGGACCCGGCCUUAUUCAAAGACCUUUACACCCUUCAAAUAUUGAAUUUACAGUACAACGAGAUCGAAACGAUACCGGCCGAUACUUUCGCCCCUAUGAGUAAUUUGCACACGCUAGAUUUAGCGUAUAAUCGAUUAACCUAUCUGGACGCCUAUUCCUUGAACGGGCUGUUCGCACUUUCUCUUCUGUCGCUCGAUUCUAAUCAGCUCGAAGGUAUCCAUCCGGAUGCCUUUCGCAAUUGUUCCAGUAUGCAAGAUCUGAAUCUCUCCGGAAACAGUUUGGACGGUAUACCUGUCGCGCUCAAGGACAUGAGGAUGCUGCGCACGCUUGAUCUCGGUGAAAAUCAAAUCAGAAGCUUGAACAGGCCCGGGUUCCGCGGUAUGUCCAGCCUCUACGGGUUGCGAAUGAUCGGGAACGAGAUCACCAACGUGACAGUCGAGGAUUUCGCCGAGUUGCCAGCGCUCCAGAUAUUGAACCUGGCUCGGAACAAAAUCGAAACGGUCGAGGACGGCGUGUUCACCGCGAAUCCCGCGUUACAGGCGAUCCGUUUGGAUUCGAAUUUGUUACAGGAUAUGUCCGGCAUGUUCGCUAGCGCGCCGGGUCUCCUUUGGCUGAACAUGUCCGACAACAUGAUCGUACAGUUCGAUUACGGUUACCUGCCGGAGAAAUUACAGUGGAUGGAUCUGCAUAAAAAUCUUAUUAUGGAUCUCGGGAUCGCGCCACAGGCAAUGAGAUUACAGACGCUCGACGUGUCGUUCAACCGGUUAACGAGGAUACACUCGAGGUCGAUACCGGAUUCCAUCGAGCUUCUGUUCGUCAACGACAACAUGAUACAGACGGUGGAGCCGCAAACGUUCGCCGACAAGAAGAAUCUGACCAGGGUGGAUCUUUACGCGAAUCAGAUCGUCAAGAUGAAUCUGUCCGCGUUCCAAUUGACCCCUGUCCCCAACUAUCGACAAUUGCCGGAAUUCUACAUCGGUGGGAACCCGUUCAUAUGCGACUGUACCACGGAAUGGUUGCAAAGAAUCAAUUCGUUGUCGUUGAGACAACACCCUAGGGUGAUGGAUUUGGAAUCGGUGUAUUGCAGGCUGCCGUACGAUCGUCACAAAUCGUUCAUACCGUUGCUCGAGGCGAAACCGUCUCAAUUUCUGUGCACGUACAAGGCCCACUGUUUCGCGCUGUGCCAUUGCUGCGACUUCGACGCCUGCGACUGCGAGAUGACCUGCCCGACCAACUGUACCUGCUAUCACGAUCAAUCCUGGGCGGCGAACGUGGUGGAUUGCUCCAAUUCCGGAUACAAAACCCUUCCCGGCCGAUUACCGAUGGACGCCACCGAGGUUUACCUGGAUGGAAACAAUUUCGGCGAAUUGAAUUCCCAUUCGUUCAUCGGGCGGAAGAACUUGCAGAUCCUGUACGCGAACGAUAGCAACAUCAUCGCUAUACGCAAUCACACUUUCAGCGGUUUGAAACGGUUGCUGGUCCUCCAUCUGGAGAACAACAAGAUAAGCGUGCUCAACGGUGUGGAAUUGAUGCCUCUGGAGAACCUGAAGGAACUCUACCUACAGAACAAUCUACUGACGUACAUAGAUAACGGCACGUUCCUUCCGCUACGUCAGCUGGAAGUGUUACGAUUGGAAAACAAUCGACUCCGCACUUUCGCCGUUUGGCAACUCGGCCAGAAUCCGUAUCUCGUCGACAUCGGGUUGUCGAGCAAUCCGUGGAACUGCGAGUGCUCGUUCUUGGAUCGGGUUCGGGAGUGGAUGUCCCGUAACAGGGCGAAGAUAAGCGACUGGAGGAGCGUCACCUGUUCCCUCGGCAUGCCCAUUACUCUUCCGGCGAACGGAUCGGUCAUAAAUUGCGCGGCGUUAACGGGCGCGACCUCGGUGAUCGAGACCCGGCCGCUCGAGGCCUAUCUCCCGCUACUGCUCGCCACAGCUGUCCUCAUUUUUGCCAUGGUUGCGCUCGUGUGCGGCGCGUUCAGGCAUCGUCGGACCCUGAGGACAUGGGCGGCGAGCAGAUGCGGGCUAAGGGCGUGUUACAAGACGGCGGCGUUCGAGGAUCAAGAGAAACCGUUCGACGCCUAUAUCUCUUACUCGGCCGUGGACGAGUCGUUCGUCUCCACGAUCCUGGUGCCUGGCCUCGAGACGUCUUACAGGCUGUGCUUGCAUUACCGGGAUUUGGGCGCCGGUAGCAACGUGGCGGAUGCAGUUGCGGAGGCGGCAGAUUCCUCGAGGCGCACCAUCCUCGUGUUGUCCAAGAACUUUCUGCACGGAGAGUGGGCCAGGUUCGAGUUUAAAGCGGCUCUCAGGGACGCUCUGAAAGGGAAGGGCCGCUCGGUGAUCCUGCUCCUGGUGGGCGGUGUGUGUCCACGAGAUCUCGACGCCGAUCUCAAAAAGAGGAUCUCGUCGCACACCGUGCUGGUGUGGGGGGACAAGUUGUUUUGGCAGAAGCUAAGGUUCGCCAUGCCAGACGUGUCCCCUGUUCCUGUUUUGGAGAGACCUCUGCCAUUGCCGCCGCCGCCUCCGCCCCCGGCGCAGCAUCAAUGGACGUAGAACAGCCAUUUAUUUAGAUGUGAACUGUUGCCAGAAGUAUUAUCGAUUCGCAUUACGUAUGAAGUAAUUGGAAAUCGCAGUGGGCAAGGUUUCCCGACUGUCGCGACGUUUCUCUCUACUUAUUAUCAAGAAGUAUUUCUUACUACUCGCAAUUGUACUCCGUAACGUACGGUGUUCCGCACCUAAAAGGUUUUAUUCGUAUUUUUGAGACUCGUGAUAGCUUCGUAGUGUGCAAAUGUAAAUUAGGGCGAACGAAAUAAAGAUUAAAAAAAAAAAAAAAAAAAAAAAAGAAAUAAGAAAAAAACAAGAAUGCGAAAAUGAAACCAUGAAGAAAAAGAGAAAGACAAAGGCAAAGAACGGAAAUAAAUUAUAA